UUUGACAGAAAAGCGAGAGAAGUCAUGGAAGAUUUAGAUGCCUUGUUAGCGGACUUACAGUCCACCACAGCACACAUCUCUAACUACCAACAACAACACAAGGGUGCUCCGCCUCCAGCUUCCCCGUCCCAGCAUAACCCACCUCUCCAGCAGUAUUCAGGCCAGCGGCAGAGUUACAGCAGUGCAAGGUCAGACUCACGAGGGUCAACACCCCCUCCUCUACCCCCUCCCCCGCCCAGUGAUGUGCUGGAUGGUGUGGGGUCCAAUCACUACACUGAACAGCCAAUCUACGAGCCACAGAACGUCCGAGCCUCUCCUCUGACUCCAAACCUGCGGGAGGAGCCGGUCACGGUCCACCGAUCCUUCGGCAGCAGCAGUAGCAACAGCAGCAGGGACGUGCAGCCCUCGCCCAAACCAGGCAUGUCACUCAGCAACAACCUGUCAGAGCUGGAUCAGCUCCUACAGGAUCUGAACUCGGCCCAGUUCAUGGCGGAAGUUGACCGAAGAAAUGCAGUAAACCAGCCAAUGGUAAACGGUACGGGAGACAACAGUGGAGUGAAGACUCCUAAGUCUCCAGGAUACGACAACAAACGAUCGUCGGUCGAUAACCUCUUAGAUCAGUUGGAGAACUCGGUGCCAUCUCCUGCCAGCCGGCCCCCUCUGGCGGCUCCCACAAACCGUGACUCCUACGACUACCCGGUCCAGACCAUCGAGGAGACGAGGACAGUGUCGACUCACGAACAGAAACAGGUGCAUGGCGCUUCCACGGCAACACAGGAGCUGGAUGAACUCAUGGACUCGCUCUCACAGUUCAAGAUGCAGAGCGGUGGCCAGGCUCAGAUCACUCAGCACUCCAUGUCCCCGGCCCAGUCUGCGGGUGCCGACCCACCGUAUGCCAAACCCCACAAGGGCAAAGGUCACGAGACCCCGAGCCCUGUGAGCCCAUCACGGGGGAACAGUCAGCUGGAUGCGAUGUUGGGGAAUCUCCAAUCUGACAUGAACCGUCAGGGGGUCAGCACGAAGACCAAGGGAACGUGUGCUGCCUGCUGUAAGCCCGUCGUCGGACAGGUGAUAACGGCCUUGGGGAAGUUGUGGCAUGUAGAACAUUUCGUGUGCGCCCAUUGUAAGCUGGAACUGGGCACGCAGAACUUUUACGAGAGAGAUGGUCAAGCUUACUGUGAGAAGGAUUAUCACAACCUGUUUGCCCCACGAUGUGCUUACUGCAACGGCCCCAUCCUAGACAAAUGUGUGACGGCCCUGGGAACCACAUGGCACCCUGAACACUUUUUCUGUUCCUCCUGUGGUGAGACGUUUGGGGAGGAUGGUUUUCAUGAGAGGGAUGGUAAAGCCUUUUGCAGAAGGGACUAUUUUGACAUGUUUGCUCCCAAAUGUGGAGGUUGCAGUCGGGCCAUAAUGAAUAACUACAUCUCCGCUUUAAACAGACAGUGGCACCCCGAGUGCUUUAUCUGCCAGGAAUGUCACGUGCCGUUCGGUGGAGGAAGUUUCUUCGACCACGAGGGUUUGCCAUACUGUGAAACUCACUACCACGCUAAGCGGGGGUCGCUGUGUGCCAGCUGCCACAAGCCCAUCACCGGGCGCUGCAUUACAGCCAUGUACAGAAAGUUUCACCCGGAACAUUUCGUCUGUGCGUUCUGUUUGACCCAGCUGAACAAGGGCACGUUUAAGGAGCAAAAUGACAAGCCCUACUGCCACCCAUGUUUUGUUAAGCUGUUUGGUUGAUACUGGGAAUCUGUGGCUGCCAUUGUGCAUGUAAUGGAGAUCUGUGCUACCUGCUACAUGCCUGUAUGCAUACUGUAUAUCUCCGGCUAAAUGACUGAUAUACCUGCAGACCGCUGACUGAAUUCAUUUCUGGAAUCCGCAGUAACUUCAUGUUACUGCAGACUGUGUUCUCUUUGCCUCCAAGGAGAAUUUGUGUAUGGCCUUCAUUGCUUAUGGGAUUGUAUAUGCUGCAUUUAAACCAGUAUACAGUAUAGCCAAUGGUGUGCCUUGUGAAAUGUGUUUUGUCUCCAUUCUUGUUGAAAGACUUCUAUUGAAGUCCAUCUGCUCUGAUAAAAUGCCAUUUGACAGCCUGAAGAGAUGAUUGGAUGAACAGGAUUACAUGGGAGGUGAUGGAGUGUGCUGAUUGGUUGUCAUUCACCCAUGGAGUUCACCUAGUGUUCUGAUUGGACGGGUUAUCUGCAGCCUUCUCUGUUGUUGUUGGAUCUCUACUUUGAAUGACAGCAGUGAUCAGUGAUUAGAUAUUUCUAGCUGCAGUUUAAUGCCUGAAUGGAUUCCUCCGGUAAGCGGCAGUCUGCCUUUGAAGGAUUGACCAUUGAUCCCAACACAAUUUUGCUCCAUCCUCAAAAAAAAGUACAGUCAGGAUUUUUCUGCCCAAUAAACAAAAUUAAUUGUUACUGCUCUGAUUUUACUCUCCAUGUCAGAGUUCCCGCUGAAAGUUCCGGUACUUGAAUUUUGUGGAAAGGUAUUCCAGUCCUUGAAAGAACUUGAUUUUUCAGUGUUAAACAGGUCAAUGAAUACAUGCGGGGUGCAUGUACCAAAGUAGAAUCCAUUUAUCUCCACAUAACGAUUUGUACUUAAAUCAAAUGAGUAUAAUCCGUGAGUACUAGCAAACACAAAAUAUUGGGCCCAUCCAUGGGUGGGAGCCCUGCCAUUCUGUGGUCUUUUACUGUAUAUUGUUCUGGUACUGUACGGCAGUAUAUGUGUAGAUUACUGGUAUCUAGCUGCAAGUGGGUACUUAAAUUAUACCGUGAAACCAAUCUGUCGUGACAAGUGAUUCUAAACAAACCGUUGGGCAAAAUGAGGAAAAGGGAUCAGAGGUACUAAACAAAUUUGGUGUCACAAUUUUAUUUUAACCAAAGACUCAACCAUGAAACUUAAGAUACAAGCCUUUCAGUUCCCUCAUGUUUUUGCAUCAGUUAGCAGAAUUUGUUUGUUUCAAGUAUUAAAUUAUGUAGUGUAAAAGCUUACUUUGUAAAAAGACUUGAGCUCUAACCCCGGGCUGAGGUACAUUUGUGUACAAUUAGUUGAUAAGUAUUGACUGAUUAACAUUAAAUAGGGGCAAAAUAAAUUCAGUGAGCUGUGUUAGGAACUCCUGUUUAUUCUUAAUGUAAAUAUUAUACAUUUUGAUUCAAUUUACAUGUAAUGUAUAUUUUCAACCCACAGUACAUGUGUACCUACAUGUAGUAUCUGUAUUAACACUUGUCUAGUUGUUUUUGUACGUUAAAACAAAUCUGGUCUUCCAAACCGAAUUGAACGCUGAUAUUUUCUUGUACUGGACGUACAUGUGGACAUUUGUACAGUAGACUGUUUGAUAUAAGCAAUGCAUGCAUGUAUAUGGUUUAAGUACUACAUAUACCUAAAAGGAACAGACCUACAUGAACAUGUACAUGGUUACCUUGAAAUUAAAGUCAGGCACACUUGCACAUCUUUGUGCAAGCCACUGAAAACAUGCGCAGAUAUUCAAAUAAGUUCUUUACAACAGUCAGAGGUGGGUAGCUUUUUCAAGUGCUUAUUGUCUCACAGUUUUGUCCACAAGGAAGAUUACCACAGAUCUGAGAACUAAACAACAGAAUCAUUGUCAAGAAGUCUGAGAAAACCGGAAAUCAUGUUAAUGUUGAUACUGUAUAAGGAAGUAUGGAAUCUAUGGUUUUAAAUGAAUGGCAAUUCCCCUGGCAUUGUUGAAUAUUUUUAUGCUGGAAUUACAAACUUGUAUAAUUGUCACAUACAUGUUAUGCAGGGGCCUCUGUAGCUCAGUUGGUUAGCGCACUAGCACAGUGUAAUGACCCAGGAGUCUCUAACCAAUGCAGUUGCUGUGAAGUCCAGCCCAUGCUGGCUUCCUCUCCAGUCGUACGUAAGAAGGUCAGGCAGAAACCUGCGGAUGGUCGUGGGUUUCCCCUGGGCUCUGACCGGUUUUUUCCCACCAUAAUGCUGGCCGCUGUCGUAUAAGUGAAAUAUUCUU